GUGAGGCUUGUUGUGCCGCGGGGAAGGAGCCUGUCGCUGCCGGGUGAGAACGUUUUGGGCAACGAGCUUAGAGUGGCAAAGCGUGGGGAAUUAGGGAAAUAAUCUGUUGCUGUUGAUCCCAGAGGCGGGAAUCUGCAGCGUCGUGCCAGGCCCCAGGCGCGGAAGAGGGGGAGAGCCGGGCCAGCGGACGCGUGAGCGGAGCUCCCGGCUGGAAUGCACCAGCUCAGCAAGGGAUUGUCCUCCCUGGGCUGCGCGGGCACUGCACCGUGAGCCUGGGACGGCCGCCUGGGCCAUGGCGGCGGCAGACAUCCCUUCAGCCGCCCUCCGGCACCACGACCUGUGCAGCCGCGGUAUCCGCCUGGCCAGGAAGAUGCGCUCGGAUGUCACCGACCUCCUGGACAUCUAUGUGGAGCGGCAGGGCCUGGACGCCUCCAUCAGCGUGGCGGCGGUGGAUGGGGUGCCAGCAGCGGCAGCGGAGCGCUGGGCAGAGCAGAGUGGCACUCAGCGCCUCCUGGACAACCUGGCGGCCUACCGGGCCUUCCGCACGCUGUUGGCACAGAUGCUGGAGGAGCAGCGGGAGCAGCUGGGAGAUGCCGAUGCUGAGCUGGGCCCGGCACUGGCGGCCGUGCUGCUGCAGGUCUCGGCCUUUGCCUACCACCUGGAGGAGCUGCUGGAGCUGGAGAGCCGUGGGGCCCCAGCUGAGGAGGGCUCCGAGCCCCCUGCACCCCCACGCCUCAGCCUCUUUGAGCAGAAGCUGCGGGGCCUGGGUGUGCUGCGGGAGCUGGCCCAGUGGGCCGUCAGGUCAGUGCGGGACCUACGGCAGCUCGCCAAGCACGGCCCGGGCACCACCCUUGAGGGCAGUGGCACAGCACUGGGUCUGCCCGAGAGCCAGUGAUGGAGGUGCGGGGAGCCCCGGCCCGGAUUGGGCUUAGCUGGGGGCCCAUCUCUGUGGCAGGGCUGCUGACAGGCACAGGAGCUUCAGGGAGCAAAGGGGCCACGCUACUAACCCAGAGCCCUUCCGCUUCCUAAUGGGCCCCUUUCCCUGUGAUGGAAACUGAGGCACAGGGAGGGAACUCCUGGUGAGGUGGGCCUUGUGUAUACCCGCAACCCCACCAUGGUCUGGAAGCCAUGACUCCUGGUGUGCUGUGCAGAGCUGUCCUGUUCUGUGGGACUGGGUUGCUGCCUGUCUCCUGAUGGCCGGGUGAUGCUUCUGGAGGAGGGGAGCUGCCUCGGGGUUAUUGCAGGGGUGAGAGCGAUGUGGAGGCAUCACCUGGUGAAAGGCGGCUCAGGAAUUGUCCCCUCUCUCCAAGGCCUGAGGCUUUGCCUCCUUCAGGUGCUCCCUUUUCUCUCCGCUCCUGCACAGCUCUCACCCUGCCUGCGUGUUCUGCGUGCUGAAUUUCUGCUCUGACUGCUUGGGGCUGUUCUCAGGACUGGGGGUGGGAUUUUGUGCUGGAUGGCAUUUCUUAGCUGGUCGGACAGGGUAUAGAGAGAGUAUUUAUAUAGAAGGCUGCCAGAAGCUUUGUACCUCUGGGGGCUGUUUUAAGACUGGAGGAGAAGCGAACAGCUCCAGCCACUAUUGGUCACUGUUUUCUCCCAGGGUGGCUGUGGUGGAUGCUGAGCAAAUAAAGCAUAUGGAGAGCCACUGGGGUGCUGUGACUUCUCGGGGGCCGGACUGGCUGGGCUGCCUUGUUCCUAAUGAAGUACUUUUCUCCAUAACAGGAGAGUGAGGGAGGAGGGUAAAGGAAUGGUGCGGGCAAAAAGGAGGGAAAGCUGUAGAGGGCUCACAGGGGACAUACAGCUGCAACGUUUCCCCCUGUCCCUGCGUGGCUCUGCCUUCUCCUUGACCCCAAGAGCAACAAGCUGCAGGGGGUUCCUGUUCCCCGAGGCACAGCGUGAGGCACGGCCAGGCCACUGGCCCUGCACAAAGUGCCUUUGUCCCAGUGGGUGCUGGAAGCUCCUGGCACAGUGCCACACUAGCGCCAGCAGUGUCUGUACAGCUGGAGGGGACUGGAGGGCAAGGCUGGGGUGGUGCUUGUUGGGCAUGUAGGACAGGGACUGCCUAUGGGGUCAGGAUGGGGGUGCCUGGCACAUAAAGUGGAACUCACGGUGGAAGGACGUGCACUUUCCUCCCCGCUGCUGGUUGUCCAGCCUCAGAUUUGCAACUCCCAUUGGAUUACUUGCAUGGUUCUGCUUCCAUGCACUUGUGAGUAACUAUUUCUGGCAUUUAUUUUUUCGGGGAUUACUCAAAGCACACUCUCUCCCACAUCUCGCUAUGUGCAAUAGCCCACAACUUUCUUUUUUCCCCACACGCUCUCAUUCUCAGCAGCACCUGGGGGCUCACACCCACCCCCUCACUUCCCCAAGCCUAAUGCGCACCCCAGUCCCACUGUUAGCUUUGGGACAGCGGGGUGAGAGCAGAAGCCCAAGCAGGAGGUGACCUGAAUGUCAGCGGGGCCCCAGCAGCCCUGGCACAGUGCCCUGUAACCCGAUCGGGCCGGGGCAGCUGCUGGCAGCCACGCCAGGGCUCAGCAUGGGCGAGGACAUCAGACGUUGCCCGAGCAGUUCCACAGGGUCCUUAAGGAUCCUUCCAUCCCAAGGCACUCGAUGCCUCUGCGAUCUGCCCUGCUUGGAGGUGGUAUUUCCAGUUGCACAAUGGGGAACUGCCAGAAAUCAGGGCACGGUUUUCUUGCAGCCACCCGCGUGGUUCUCCCCAGAACGCGCCCCGAUGGGCGCUUCGCUUAAUAGCGAAAAACAUCAGUGCUGGAAGCACUCAGCGAGAGGAGCACAGGUGGCGGGGUACCGCCGCCCCGAGACGCGCUCGGGCGGGACGCGGCGGGAGGCGUGGCCUCGGAUGAGGGGGCGUAGUUUCACGGGGCUCCGACCCGAAGGGGG